AUGGUAGUUGCAGCAUUGGCAAGAACACGCUUUGUGGCAACCCUGCCGCGAAGCUACAUCCAGAACUUCACGCGUUCAUAUACCUCCACUGCACCUAAAAAGGCAGCAAAGAAUCGUCUCUACAACUCCGUGCGCUAUGAACAUGAAUUCGAGACCUUGAACUUGCUCUCAUCCAGCAGCCGCAUACCUCUAAUCACCCUCUGGUCCGCCUCAUGGUGCCCCUCCUGCAAAGUCAUCGCCCCACUGCUCAAAGAACUCAUCAAUGAAGGCGUUGGAGAAGCUCAAGGUGGUGUCUCGUAUGCCGAGAUUGAGCUCGACUCACCAACUCUGGGAGAAUUGGCUUUGAGAUAUCAGGUCAACUCGCUGCCAACUUUAUUGGCUUUUGAUAGACAGGAGGCUCAGCUGGAGACAAAAGUCCAUAAGGUGGAUGAUAUGAAGAACAGACAGUUUCUCAUCAACUGGAUCGAAACGGAAGCGAAGCGUCACGGCGAGGGUGGCGCUGGAGGAAGCAGUCUAUUCAACCUCUUCAGAAGUUGA